AUUUGAGCGCAACAAGUCUUUUUCGAAUUUCGAAAGUUGUUCCUUUCAGAUAUUUAUUAUUGUGAUAUUCUUAACAUUGAUUAUUUAUCUCGAUUAUAAUACUAAGUUUAAACAUUUAUCAUUACUCACAUCAAUUCACCACGGAUCGUCACCGCCACGAAUGUAAUGGCAGCAAUGACAAUGGCACCCGCAAGUCGUCCCUGGGCACUAGAAGCUCGUUCCAAUACCCUCUUUAUCCUCGCCACCGUAGCCAUAGGCAUGUUUACGGAUCUUUUCCUCUACGGAAUCAUCGUGCCUAUUCUCCCCUUUAUCCUAUCCGAUAGAAUCGGAGUUGCACAAGAGGAAAUCCAGUAUUAUACUUCUGUAUUACUGGCGAGUUAUGCGGGGGCUUCUGUUUUAUUCUCGUUUCCGGCGGGAUGGAUAGCCGAUCGCUGGGCUUCGAGACAAUUGCCGUUUUUGGUGGGGUUGGCUGCCUUGCUUGCUAGUACGGUGCUUUUGAUGGUGGGGAGGAGUAUAGGGGUUUUGGUUGCGGCGAGGGUUUUUCAGGGGAUCUCGGGGGCGAUUGUUUGGACGAUUGGGUUGGCGUUGGUGAUGGAUACGGUUGGGAGUGAGAAGUUGGGGGUGACGGUGGGGAGUAUUUUUAGUUUUAUUAGUGUGGGGGAAUUGGUGGCACCGGUUUUGGGAGGUGUGGUUUAUGAUAAGGUGGGGAGUGAGGCGGUUUUUGGGAUGGGGAUGGGGUUGUUGGGGUUGGAUUUUUUGAUGAGGGGUGUGUUGAUUGAGAAGAAGGUUGCGAGGAGGUAUUGUGUUGAGGACGGGGGAGAAGAUGGUAAUGGUGAUGGUGAUGAGACGGGGAGUGAUGGGAUGGAGAGAAAUAGGGAUGGGGAACAGGGAGAAGAUGCACCAUUAUUGGAAAAUGGAAAGGAUACCGAUGUCGAAUCAUGGAGAAUCCAAAAAGAACUCCCGGAAUAUGUUCAAAAAUUCCCAAUUCUAUUUCUUCUCUCCUCGCCCAGAUUACUUACCGCCGAAUUGGUAGCAUUCAUGCAAGCAAUUAUACUCGCCGUAUUCGACGCUACCAUCCCCACACAAUCCCAAUCACUAUUUGGAUUUCCGGCUUUAAAAACCGGUCUACUCUUCACCCCUCUAGUUCUUACAUCCUUAAUCUUUGGACCCAUCGCCGGCAUGGGAGUCGAUAGAUACGGACCCAAAAUCAUCGGAACAGCCGGUUAUACAUUUUUCAUCCUCCCACUUAUACUCCUUCGCCUACCCGUCGAAAAUACCACGCAUGAUCUCGUAACUUUCUGUAUCUUGCUCUCUCUCUGCGGAUUAGGUUUGUCUAUGAUAGGAGCACCGAGUAUAGUGGAAGCUUCAUUCGUAGCGGAGAAAUAUCAUCGUGCGAAUAGGGAUUUAUUUGGAGAAGAGGGUCCGUAUGCACAGUUGUAUGCAUUGAAUAGUAUGGUUUUUAGCGCGGGGUUUACGAUUGGUCCUGUGAUUGCUGGGUCCUUGAGAGAUAGUAUUGGGUAUGGGAAUAUGAAUGCUGUGGUGGCGGGAAUGUGUGCUGUGGUUGCGAUGUUGUGUUUUGGGUAUUUGGGGGGGUCGCCGUCUUCUUGUGUGAGGAGGUAGAUGGGUAUAUAUCUAUGUGUAUAUGAGACUUGGGAUUGGGGAAACCUUUAAAAUAGGAUA